CGCCGAGCCGAGAGGCGGUGCCGCCCCGCCCGCAGCCACUGCAGUGGGAGCCGGGCGAGGAUGGCGGCGGCAUCGCCGGCACGGGAGCUCACGCAGAACCCGCUGCAGAAGACAUGGGAGCCCUACGACAACGGGCUGCCGGCGGGACACAGCGCCCAGCGCGGCGUAUGCAUGACCAACUGCCCUACCCUGAUUGUUAUGGUGGGUCUUCCAGCAAGAGGAAAAACCUACAUCUCGAAGAAGCUGACACGCUAUUUAAAUUGGAUUGGAGUGCCUACAAAAGAAUUUAAUGUUGGUCAAUAUCGUCGAGAUUUGGUGAAAAAAUAUAAAUCUUUUGAAUUCUUCCUGCCUGACAAUGAAGAAGGCUUGAAAAUCAGGAAACAGUGUGCCUUAGCAGCGCUGAAUGACGUCCGGCAGUACCUCAGCGAAGAGAACGGGCACGUGGCUGUCUUUGAUGCUACAAAUACAACUCGAGAACGCAGAGAAACUAUUUACAAAUUUGGUGAAGAAAAUGGAUAUAAGACUUUUUUUGUUGAGUCAGUCUGCGUAGAUCCAGAGGUCAUUGCUGCAAACAUUGUGCAAGUGAAGCUGGGGAGUCCUGACUAUGUUGAUUGUAGUAAUGAUGAAGCAACAGAAGACUUUAUGAAAAGAAUAGAGUGCUACAAGAACUCAUAUGAGACAUUAGAUGAAACUCUUGAUAAGGACCUUUCUUACAUUAAAAUUAUGGAUGUUGGAAGGAGUUACCUUGUGAACAGAGUAAUGGAUCACAUCCAGAGCCGGAUUGUUUACUACCUCAUGAAUAUCCAUGUCACUCCUCGGUCAAUCUACCUCUGUCGGCAUGGAGAGAGUGAACUCAAUCUGAAAGGGAGAAUAGGAGGAGAUCCUGGGCUGUCCAUCAGGGGGAAAGAAUUUGCCAAAAGCUUGGCACAGUUUAUUAAUGAGCAAAAUAUCAAAGAUUUAAAAGUUUGGACCAGUCAGAUGAAAAGGACAAUUCAGACUGCUGAAGCCUUGGGAGUGCCUUAUGAGCAGUGGAAGGUUUUGAAUGAAAUAGAUGCAGGAGUGUGUGAAGAAAUGACAUAUGAAGAAAUACAGGAAAACUAUCCACUUGAGUUUGCACUGAGAGACCAAGACAAAUACAGAUACAGAUACCCUAAAGGAGAGUCCUAUGAAGAUCUUGUUCAGAGGCUGGAGCCAGUAAUUAUGGAACUUGAAAGGCAGGAAAAUGUGCUUGUCAUAUGUCACCAAGCUGUCAUGCGCUGUCUGCUGGCAUAUUUUCUUGACAAGCCUGCAGAACAACUGCCUUACCUGAAGUGCCCACUGCACACUGUCUUAAAGCUAACCCCGGUGGCUUAUGGAUGUAAAGUAGAAUCUAUAUUCCUGAAUGUUGAAGCUGUAAACACGCACAGAGAUAAACCUGAGAAUGUAGGUGUGGAUCGGUCGAGAGAAGAAGCUUUGAGGACAGUGCCCAACCACCUAUAGCUCUGGUCCCAGGGGCAGCAGCCCUUCCUCCAGCACAGGAGUGUGAAGCAGCAGCUCAGGGCCAGGAGAACACUGAGCACCCAACGAGUGGGACCCCACACCCCUCCCCUUCACCCUCAGACAUUUCGAAUGUGAUUCAACUUCUCUGGAGAGCACUGUAGUUGUGGGUAACUCCAGUGUGGAAAGGUAUCAGUAAAAACAUCUAUGGGAAGCAGAGUAGAGUUGUUUGUAGAUUAUUUUUUUUUAAUGUGUAAAUUUGUGCAGUUUCAGUGGUUUUUAUCGUUCAUCUGUGGAUACUGCAAGAUGGUUGAUUGCCCAUGUCAGUUUUACUGUCAGAUUUUAACUAGAUUUUACUUUCUUUUUUUAAGUGUUUUUUCUAAGACUUCCUCUUAUUUUUACUGUGAAUGAUUGCCUAGAAUUACAUGGAGAUGUUUUUGAUGAUAUAUUUAACAUAGAUGAAAUUCUACAUUUUGAGCAUUGGAGGCUUCAUGUUGCAAAACUGCUUAACCUGGGAAAGCCUUCCAGCUCUGAGAGCUUUUGGUUUUUAAAGUGAGCUUAGGUUUGCCAACCACACCUUAAUUUAUUUUUUUUUUUUCUCAAAUGGAGAGACUUUCCCUUGGGAAAAUAAAAGCAUUAAAGCUUGAUUUCCAACCUAAGCCAUUCUAUGAUCUGCUGCCUGAGAGAUUCUGAUGUUUUAGCAAUAUUUUAACAUUUUCCAUGGGCCAGCUGUGGUAGGGAGGUAGUGGUAGACACAGUAUUAAGUGGGGGAAAUGGGUGUGAGGAUUGCUGCAGCCUGAUAAUGAGCUGAGAGAGACACACACAGCCUUUCUGCUGCAGUUACAGGAAGGGAUGAGCAGCUUUCCUGAGACUGGAAAGAAGGGGAAAAGGUUUCUAAGUGUCACUGGCUAGAGAAAGCUGCUUGUCUUAUUAGUGCUGUGUUUUGUUUGUUCCUUGGGCAAUAUUUGGAACUAAUUUCAACACAAAAACAUAUGUUUCUCUUUUAUAGCAACAUUUAAUACCUACAUGAGGAAAGAGUACAAAAAGGUUAGGUGGAGUUUAACCAUAACAGCUCAUGCAAGGAAAACACCAGGUAAAUUCUGAAAUUGUUUUUAAAAUGGCACACCUGCCCUAGAGUUUUUCUGUGUUGUUUUUAAGCUCCUUCCACCAUCCCAACUCUUUGCUGUUCUUUUAUAUGUUGUGAAGCUCCAGUGCUAAAAAUGGAAUUUUUUAUGUCUGUUGAGGCCACGACUUUUUAACUCUCUAAAUCAAUGUGUAUUUUGUAUGUGUGUUACCAGACAUCUGGAGUGAGCUGCCAGCCCUGCUGCUGACUCUUAGUUUUGAGAUGAGAAGUAUUCUUUGGUGGUUGGACUGUGUUUGUUUUUCUAAGGACUUCUUUUCAGUUAAUGGAACUUUUACUGUAUCUGCUGUUGGGGUUGGUUCACUUUUGGGUUUGUUUUUCUUUCUUUUUCUCAGCUCCUGUGUGACAUACCAUGCUCUAGUAAGGUAGCUUUGCAGGCAAGGGCUAAAUUGUCUUUUGUUUGUGCAGAGUUGAUAAAACAUUGUGCUGCUGUUGUGAUUUGUCCUAAUAAGCUAAUUUCAGCAAUAUAUUCAGCUCUGGAAGUUAAGCCAUACCAUCUCCCUGGGUUCUGUUCCAGAAGAGGGAUGUGUAGGGAACAAUGAGGAACACUUGGCUUCAAGUGCUGCUGUCUAAAGCUUUGUGUGUGCCAUCCACAGUCAGGAGUGCCCAUUUCAGCUCUUUAUUAAUUCAGCUGUGUCCACAGGGGAGAGACCACACAGAGCUGCUCAGAGAAGUUAAUUUAUUGAUGUGUAAUUACCAGGGACACCUUUAGGGCAAAAAUGUAGAAGUAUUUUCCCCUCUUGAUUUGAUGUUCGGUACUGCAGAGCUCCAUCCACUCACUGUCCAGCCAUGACCGGGAGCUGCUGAGCAGGUUUUAGAUUGAGAAAGUCCAAGUUUAUCCUUAGUUACUGAGGGCAAGUCCUGGGAGACUGUAUUAGAAAAGCAGAUUUUACCAGCAGGCUUCACAAGCUCAGACCUGGCUGAGGAGAUGGGGUGGAAGGGAAGAUUUCCUCUUGUGAGAGCUGAGCCCAAGGAUUGCUUCUUUUCACUGGCAAGUGUAGCUCAAGGUGUUGUUGUCCUCUCUUUCUUUGUUUUACCCUUCUAAACUUUCAGAGGUGCUGUAAAAUUCCCUGAGGCUCAAUGUUUUAUGUACAGUAGGUAUUUUGGUAGCCUGCUUUUGAAUUUACUGUGAGUGUUUUACUAACUUGGGUGUUCACUGAAAAAAGAAUUGUAUACAGGUGUAAAUAGGCUGAUACUUGAAGAGAAAAAAAAUAAUUAAGUUGUCUGUUGUACUUUAGGAAGGUACUAAAUCUCUGACUGCAUCCAACCCUUUCUAGCUGGUGAGAGUAAGUGUAGACAGUGAAUGUAGGUUUGAAGUGAGUGAUCAGUUCUCCCUGGGGUGUAACCACCUUUCCAGGAAGGCUCUGUCAGGAACUGCAGGUUACUGUCACUGUCUAAAACCUGCAUACAUCCCCACCUCCUGACCCAACCAUCACUGACAGGGAAGGUAAAACCCCUUGUCCCCACUUUGUAUAUUUGUACCCAUGUUUAUUUUACUGCCUUCUGACUGUUCAGGCACUUGCUAGCUCAGAUGCAGUCUUGCAGAUGGGAUUAAACUAUCUUUUUCUUACAUCGUUGGCCUUCGGCUUCAUCUUUCAGACAAAUGUAAUCAUUUGACCUUUGAUCCAAGAAAUAAAGAUCAAAUGCUGUA